AUGGAAGCCGGCCGGGAAAUACUAUCGCUGUACUUCCCCGAGGAGGGUGCUCAAAAUGCCGACCUCCGAGCGUAUGUGGAAGAGUGGAAGAUCUUCUUGUCCCAGCACAGGAGAACGCUCCUCAAGCACGUCCGUCCGUCGACUCUGGAGGUGUUCUUGAGUUACCGCGAACUUCUCGCGCGGAAUCCUCCGCCGUCCGCUGAGGCGUGCGCAGCGGCUCUGCGCGCCUCGCCGCAAGACGUGCUCGACGCGAUCGCCUGUGGGACGCAUCUGGCUGUUCUCGCCGAGCGCGAAGAAAGCACGACUUUGAUGGGAGACGCCAUACCACCUGCAGAAACAGGCACAGGCGCCACGCUCUUUGAAGCCACGCUGGGAAACGGAGACGGCAUCCUCGUCGGAGGAAGCGAGGCUGACUCCGCCGGAAAUCCAAACCCACGGCUGACACGACACACUGGCGCGACGCGGAUUUGGAUUCGCCUCCUCGGAUUCGGACCCUUGACAGUGUCCUUCCCGGGUCCGUGCACCACGGCGCGGUGCUCGAGUCGGCACUUUCUCCCCCAGCGCCGAGAAGCGGAGACAGUCGACUGGCAAAAAUUCUGCCUCCAGGCAGAAGACGCUCGGGCCGUGGCCGCGCGCAGAGAAGAGAAUGGGGAUGGCGCGUCUGCCGCCCUCGCGAGCGGGGAGGGGAGACAACCCCCGGAGGGAGACUCUCGGAGCUCCGCCGGAGAGAAGGAGGGAAGUGAGAAAGAAAAGGGACACGAAGAAAAAUCAACAAACGAAGUCCGACGGCCACCGUCCGUCGACUGCGAAGUCCGAGGAUCCCUCGUUAACAGCUGUCGGCUGGGAGAGAAGGUUGUCGUUGUGGGCGUCGUUCGCGCGUAUCAAACUGCCUGUCUGAGUCUGUGCGGUGGGGGACCUGUGCCGGAGGCGGCCCGCGCGCGGGCACCCGGUCCAGGGCGGAGUCUGUACUCCUUGUACUUGGACGUCGUUUCGGUGGCCUCGGCCAAUCCCGAGCACCAGAAAAACGUCAUGCAGCGCGUGCAGAGGACGCAGCAGGCGAUCUACGCGGGGUUUCCCCACUCGUUGCAUUCGCUGUGUCUCGACGGCCCUCUGGCGGAGCUGUCUGUCGACGAAAUCCCGUGGAGAGACUUCACUUCCCAGGAAGGCCAUGCGCGAGGAAAGGCGGCGAGAGGCAGACUCGAUCGCGCCGCGGGGUCUCGAGACUGGCAGCAGAAAACGGCGAAAACGGAGCUGACACCCCGGGAAAAACGCGACAGACAAACGCCGCCUCGGUCCGACACGCCACAGACGCAAAGCGCCAGGUGUACGUACACCUUAGCCGGAGAAAACGUGGGGUGUACGUACACCUCAGACCGCGGGGAAGCGAGCAGUGCGAGCCCGGCGAAAAGCGCGUUGUUGGAAGAUGCGUAUCCAGCGUAUCCCGGGGACCCCGACUUUGAGGAGCUGGACAGCCGAGUGGCGAUGCAACACCUCGAAUUCAUCACGGAAAUCUUUGAGGAGGAAGACCGCCUCGAGCUCCUCGCUGCUUCGCUCGCUCCCCAUAUUCGAGGACACGAAAUCCCCAAGGCUGCUUUGGUUCUGACACUGCUGGGUGGCGUCGCGGUGUACGGAGACAGCGGAGAGUCUGGCGACACUCUUGGAGAGUUCGAUUCUAACAGUGCGCUGCAGUCUUUCGAAGGCAGAACUUUGAAGCGGCGCGGCAGCAUCCACCUUUUGUUGCUCGGCGAUGCCGGAGUCGGAAAGAGUCGCCUCCUGCGCGCCGCAGCCGAAGUCGGGUCCGGCGCGAACGCCCCUCUCUCGGCCUCACUGCUUCGCUCGCUCGGCCUUGCAGCCUGCAAGGCGCGGCGAGCCUUCGACGAGCGUCGGGGCAGAGCCCGGGGCUGUGAACCAGAAGACGAAGACGAAGACCUGGGACCGGGCGGGAGCGUCUUUGUCUGUGGAAACACCACGUCGGCUGCCGGCCUUACUGCGUCGACUCACCGCGAACAAGGAACCGGCGAGUUCGCUCUUGAAGCAGGUGCGCUCGUCCUGGCUGAUGGAGGCAUUUGCUGCGUCGACGAACUGGACAAGAUGCAUGCAGCCUCGACGUCAGCCGACGUGUCCGCGUUGCUCGAGGCCAUGGAACACCAGACAGUGUCGGUAGUCAAAGGCAGCUGCUACUGCACGCUGCCGGCGCGUACAGCCAUCGCGGCGGCGGCGAACCCAAAAGACGGGAGAUUUAUACCCUCGAAGAGCUUGUCGGAGAACAUGAAGAUGCCGCACUGCCUGACGUCUCGCUUCGACUUGAUUCUUUGCCUUCACGACGAUGGAGCCCGCGAGGGCGAGGCGUGUCUCUCGAAGCGUCGGAGAACAGGAGAGGCCGGAGAAGGCGAGGCUCCGGGGUGGACGAACGCGUCGAACGACACCGCGCCGGGCGGUAUCGUUCGUGAGGGAAAAAAAGGUUUGUCUCUCGCAGAAAGAAUCGGAAACGUGAAGCCUUCAAAGUGGCUGCCGCUCUCGUUGGUGCAAACGUACCUGGCGUACGCUCGACAGUACGUACACCCAGUCAUGACUACCGAGGCAGGCCAGGCUCUCAAGAGGCUGUUUUCUUUUUUGAGGAAGCAGAAGGAGAACGAAUUCUCUGCUCACGACUCUCUCCCGGUCGGCAUGCGCCAGCUCGAGUCUCUUAUUCGCCUCUGCGAGGCUCGCGCACGCGCCGAUCUGGUAGAGGAAGUGACGGAAGAUCACGUGAGAGACGUCGGGGAAAUUUUCGUCCACAGCGCAGCCUUCUCGCGCCUCGCCUUCGCAGCCUCUCCAGUCGCGCAGGCCGAGGCUGCUCGCCUCUGUCUUCAUCCGCCGGGGCAUGAACACUUAAACGGUACUUCCGCAACGGUCGCCGCUCAACUCGUGGGAAUUGCCGCAGGAAAGCGGGGCAGAAAGAGAAAGUCGCUCGCCGGCUUGGUGCCCAGCUUUUUGCGCGCCUGCUGCCUGUUCGUCACCAACAACCAAACGCCGGGGUUGACUCAGAAGCAACUUCUAGAGUGUGCCUCCGUCGUCGUGGCGAGAGGAGACUCGACAGUGUGCCCAGAAGCGUUGGUGGCAUGCGCCAACGAAUCGGGGUACAUUCUGCGCAAGGCUGACGGGCUCUGGCAGGUUGACCAUGCGUGCCUUUCCACUUUUUAA